UUUGUUGGUGGUGUAACAGCUGAAUUAGAAUCGGUUGAUCUUGCUGGCAGACAGAAGACCUCGGUGUAUCAUGGGUAUCAUCACGCUGUAAAAGAUAACAAAUCGUAUAAUAUUUGCUGUAGAUGGACAAGGUGCAGGCAGGGCAAAAUUAGGCUCCAGUUGACAUUCUGAAGUAAAAUCUGCUAGUCAGCCAGUGAAGAGUGUGCCCGGUUAUUGGAAUCAGCGUGUAACUCAGACCCGUUCCGUCCCUCCAUAUGCCUGCUUGCUGCUGACAUGGAUGGUUGCUGAUGUUCAGACGUGCAGUCACUAGUGCAUUCGUCGCUGUGAAUAUGGCCCUACAUGUACCUCAACUAAAAAAUUAGUGGCAGGUCUUGUAGCUUCACUAGUCACUGCCAGCUGACUAUUUCACUGAGAGGACUAAAAACCUUGAAAGUUGAACUUAAAGCUCAUGAGCUUCUAGUUUUGCUCGAACAAUUAAAUUACUUGGCCAGCGUGCAGAUUGCCGAAUGGCGUUCUUCUCGCAACUCCAGUUGUUAUGCUGGAAGAAUUUCACUUUACGACGAAGACGAAAGCUUCGUCUGUCGAUUGAGAUCGUAUGGCCAAUCCUCAUGUUCAUGAUUAUUGCCUUGGUGAGAAAAGAUGAACUGCCAAAUCCCAAGCAUGAAUGUCAUUUCUUGAGCAAGGCGCUGCCUUCAGGAGGCCUUCUGCCCUUCUUUCAAUCUUUCCUCUGUGACUUUGACAGCAAAUGCCACCGAGAGGAAACCUACGGGGAGACUAUGGGACACAUCAAUAACUACAGAGAUGCCGGUUUAACCAAACUAGUGGAAGACAUUGAGGUCGUCUUGAGUAACAAGACCACAAUGGAAUCACUGAAGAAGUUCCUGACCAAAGUUGCUGAGCUGAACAAGCUUUUACCGUUCAUGGACAACUUGAAUGACGUAGCAGACACAAUUCCUGGCUCGCGGUCCCUCAUUGAUUACUUGAAUGAUCCAGAUGAGGUGAAACGGUUUCUGACCAACGACCUCCACCUGUCACCGGAAGUCACCCAAGCGAUACUGAACUCCAAUGUCAGCGCUCAGGAGUUGGUUGCCCUGAUGAAUGCUGACACCUUUCAGAGUGCGUCUUGUGACGAGGACAGGCUCAGACAGUUGUUUGACGUGACCAAUGAGACCACGUUACAUGAGAUGCGGCAAGAACUGUGCAACCUGACCUCAGCCGACUUUGCCAGUGUCACCCAGGUCCUUGCCAAGCAGCUUGACCUGAACAAGCUGCUCCCCUUGAUUUCUGGCGGUGACACCUUUCCAAGUGGUCUCUUUGGCCUAGAUGGCUUGAAGGCAUUCGGCGAUGCACUGCAGCAGACCUCAGGGUUGCCUCUGUCGUACAAUCUGCUGACCAACGAGACUGAGUUGAUUGUGUACUUGGAGACACAGUUGGGUUUGUCCGAAGCAGACGCCAAACUAGUUGCAGGCUCAAUCAACAAUCCACAACUGCUGUUGCUUUUACUGACUGGGCACAACAUGCGUAACACCGUCUGCAACACCACCCUCUUGGAGAACUAUGUCACGACAACAGACCCUGCCCAGCUGGAAGACCUAAGCGAGACCUUGUGCAACUUGACGGACACCGACCUGGACAAAUUGUCUCAAGAGAUCCAGAAGCUGAUUGACUUUCCUGCACUCUGGAACUCUUUGAAUGGUACCGAUUUGGAGGAUUGGUACAAGGAAAUUCUACAAGAAAUGAUAGACAUUGGACGUGAGGUCGCCGAGCUGGACAGCUUUAAAGAACUCCUUAGUGACAUUGACUCCAUCAUGAACAACAAUGACACCAACCAGCUGAUUUGCGGCAGCGUGGGCGGCAUCAAGAACUUCACCGAUUUGGGCAGAACUGGGGGUAGCUUCAAUGGCUUUGACAAGCUGUCGAGCUCGCCAGGUCUAAGUCGAACGACAUCAUCGCGGUCACCAGAGAAAGACAAAGACAAAAAUGACACACUUGCCCUGAGAGAGGACUGUGAAUGGGUGCAGCAGAUUGAAUCUUCCAAGAUCGGACAGCUGGCUUGGAAGACUAUGAAGCCGAUGAUUCAAGGUUACAUCUUGUACACCCCUGAUACCAUGGCAACCAAACGCAUCAUGAAGGAGGCUACUCAACCACUGACUUCACUGGCCUUGUUCAAAACCCUAGCAGCCAAGUGGUUAGAUUACUCCCCGACGCUGCGCAAGUACGUUGAGGACAGUGCUGCCUUUGAAUUGGCCAAUGAGUUCAGUCAGAACCCAGAACUGGUGAAGCAGUUGGAAGAUCGGUUGCAUAGCAACGGGACGGCAGACGUGGUCCUGCUGCAGAAAGUGUUAGAGGACGCUCGCAACAAGAGCAUGGAGAGUAGUAACUUUACCCAGAGUCUUUUGGAUGCCAUCGAUGCCUUGGACAAGUUUGCCAACACCACCAUGGAAAUCCUCAAGUGUGUGAAUCUAAACAAAACGAUAGGCUUCAGCACUGAGGAGGAAUUCCUAGCCUCUGCCAAGGAACUGCAGGGAGAGGACCUCUUCUGGGGAGCUGCGGUGUUUGAAGGUUUCAACAGUUCAGCCGAUAACGACACGAUCCCAAACUACGUAUCAUACCAGUUGCGGAUGGACAGCAGAAUGGUUCGAGCCACCGACAAAUACAAGAAAUAUUUUUGGAAACCAGGCCCAAUGAGUAGCAUCUACCGAUAUGGUGAGUACAUCAGAGGAGGGUUUAUCUUCCUUCAAGACAUGUUUGACCAAGGCAUCAUCAAAGCCUCUCUCAGGACCAAAGACGCUGGGGCAGGAGCCUAUGUUCAGGAGUUUCCUUACCCCUGCUACAUCAGCGACUUGUUUGUACAGACCUUGGGCGCCAUCUUGCCACUUCUCAUGAUCAUCGCCUGGCUGUUCUCCGUGGCCAUGAUCAUCAAGGGCAUCGUCCUGGAGAAGGAGCUUCGUCUCAAGGAAGUGAUGAAGGUGAUGGGCAUGGGCAACGCCGUGCACUGGGUGGCCUGGUUCAUCAACAGCUUUGUGGUCAUGUUCAUCAGUAGCUGUCUGCUGGUCCUGAUUCUCAAGGUUGGCAAGAUUACGAUCCAAGCCGACGCCUCAGUGGUUCUCCUGAUGCUGGUCUCCUUCAGUGUCUCCACCAUUGCUCUCUGUUUCCUCGUUAGUACCUUCUUCUCCAAGGCCAAUCUGUCAGCCGCCUGUGGAGCUGUCUUCUUCUUUCUCUCCUAUGUGCCCUACAGCAUGGUGUACUCGUGGGAUGAAUACAUCCCAGGCUGGGCUAAACUAUUCAUGUGUCUGUCCAACACCAUCGCUUUUGGUUAUGGCAGCCAGUACAUCGCCCUCUUUGAGAUCCAGGGGUCAGGGUUAACCUGGGGCAAUCUCGGGGUAAGCCCAGCCUCGGCGGGGGAGCAGUUGACACCGCAACAAGUCAUCACCAUGAUGUGGUUUGAUGCCUUCCUCUACAUGGUGCUGACGUGGUACAUCGAGGCAGUGUUUCCAGGUGCCUACGGCAUGCCUCGCCGAUGGUACUUCCCGUUCCAACGAUCCUACUGGUGUGGUUCCGACACCGUGGAAACUCAAGAUGCUGAUUUGCUGCAGACAACAUCAAGCAAUGGCAUUCCAACAGAGGAUACCGACUUUGAGCGAGAACCGACACACCUGAAACUUGGUGUCUCCAUCAAGAACUUGUACAAAAUCUACCGAAUUGGCAAGAAACUGGCUGUCAAUGACCUCAGCUUCAACUUCUACGAGGGCCAGAUCACCUCCUUCCUUGGCCAUAAUGGGGCAGGCAAGACCACCACCAUGUCUAUCUUGACGGGGCUGUUCCCUCCCACGGCUGGUACGGCGUUCAUCUACGGCAAAGACAUACUGACAGAUAUCACCAGGAUUCGCAAGAGUCUUGGGAUGUGUCCCCAACACAACGUGCUCUUUGACUACCUGACUGUGGAGGAGCACCUGUGGUUUUAUGCGAGGGUGAAAGGAGCAACCAAUGAUGAGAUUGCCGUGGAAAUGGAGGAGAUGUUAAAGCAUCUCAACUUGCCUCAUAAGAGGAAGGAGUUGACUGCCAAUCUCUCCGGUGGCAUGAAGCGCAAACUCUCCAUUGCCAUGGCGUUUGUGGCUGGAUCCAAGACGGUCAUCUUGGACGAGCCAACGGCUGGAGUUGACCCCUACGCUAGGCGGGAGAUCUGGGAUCUGCUCAGCAAGUACAAGGAAGGUCGGACCAUCAUCAUGUCCACCCAUCACAUGGAUGAGGCGGACGUCCUCGGUGACCGCAUCGCGAUCAUCUCCUCUGGUCAGCUGCGCUGCUCUGGCUCGUCUCUUUUCCUCAAGAGCCGCUUUGGAGUCGGCUACUACCUGGUCCUCAACAAGCGUCUGCCCGGCGAUGACCUCAUGGUUCCGCCACAGAUGACCGACCCGAUGCUGUACAAUGCCGGGCUCCAAAAUGGAGGCUUUGGUCCCAUGGUCGGCCCGGAUCUGGUUGCCGGGGCGAUGACAAAUCUACCCAGCGAUGAGAAGAAGGAGAUGGAUUUGGAUCUAGUCGAGCCUUCGCAGAUGAAAGUAGCUCUGGAGUCGACUGAUGAUGAUUUGAGGCACAAGAAGGACAAGCCACCCAUUGAUAUACCAGACUGUGGCUCUUGCAAGGAAUCUGUGGUGACCAGCUUUGUUCAGAGCUACGUUCCCGGCGCAGUGCUCUGCGAGAAUCUCGGCAAGGAAUUGUCCUACAUCCUCCCCGCCGGAGCCACUCACUACAAUGCCCUGGAAUCACUCUUCCAGGAGCUAGAGAUCUACAAGGAACGCCUCUUCAUCAGUGACUUUGGCAUCUCUGACACCUCUUUGGAAGAGGUUUUCCUGUCUGUCACCGAUGACACAGGUAUCUUCUAUGAGGCUGAAACCUUCCAGUCCUCUGACAACGGCCUGCUGCCACGGCCGUUCAUGGGGCGUGGCAGCCUUAGGAGGCGGAGCUAUGAACUCCCGGCAAGGAGCAACAGUAUCAGGGAGCAACGCAGCCGUAAGCGGUCGACAGCCGACAAUGUGGCUUUGGUUGAUGUGGAUGAGCUUGACGAUGCCCAUCAAGAGCUUGAAGAAGACAUUCACAGUUUACACAGCAUCAACCUCGACGCUGACGGCACAGAUGGAAAUGAGCCUGCCAGCAAUAAGGAAGACAAUCAAGUAAGCCAAGAGCCCAGCCAGAACCGUGGUCAGAACCCUGAUCAGAACCCGGGUCAUCAGCCAGUCCAGCAAUCCCUCCACCCAAGGGUCAAACGCCAGCUCAGUCGGCAGUUGAGCCGACGCCUGAUGAGACAGGCGAGCCGUGAAGCCGCUAUGAACCAGCAAGCCAACGAUGUGGACGUGGUAGAGUCCCCCUCAUUGUACACACGCGUCCAGUCAUUAUUACAUCCGAGAUUCCGUGCCGUACCCACUGAAGUCUCCAUCUCUGAUGUUCGGACACCGGACGCUGAGAGUUGCAGGGUUCAUGCUGCUGACUUGUCUGGUCAUGAGGUACAUGGGAUCAACCUGAUCCGAAGACAGUUCUAUGCACUCCUGGUCAAGAGGUUCCAUCACUUCCGACGGAGCAAGAAAGGUUUCUUUGCUCAGGUUAUUUUGCCUGUUGUCUUCGUCUGCGUUGCCAUGCUCUUCACUGUCCUCAUGCCGCCCAAGACCGACACCAAGAAGCUCCCGCUGCUGCCCUGGCUGACCGGUACCCCAAACUAUGUCUUCUACAGCAAUGACAACCCCGGUGACAAGCUGUCCACUGGAAUGGAGGCUAGCAUAACCCUGGACGAGCCUGGUAUAGGGACCCGGUGCAUGGCCGAGGACCCAUUUACAGAAGAUGGCUUCCCCUGUCAGCCCAAAUCAUCCACCGAUUGGUCAACUGAGCAGAUGGACCCAGACCUUUAUGAAAAAUACCUGAAUGGGGAAUUGACGUGUGAGUGCAGUGGUAAAUCGUUUCAGACGUGCGAUAAAGGGGCGGAGGGCCCGCCCCCUCCGGAACGGACAGUCCCCACCACAGAUAUUCUCCAGAACUACACAGGCAUGAACAUCAGUUGGUUCCUCACGACCACCACCCUAGACUACAUCUGGAAGAGAUUUGGAGGAGUAAGUUUCCUGGACACAGACGAAUUGGCCCCUCUCACUCCAAACAUCAGCAAAGACUUGCUGGCUGACUGGUCCAAGACGGAUGGCUCAUCGGACAUCAAUCUCCCUGGCCCAAUUAACGACUUGGUACCCUCAGACAUAACCAUGGAGGAUAUCUAUGCUGUGAUGCUGUCCCUUGCUCGCUUCAAAAACGUCAAGGUGUGGUGGGACAAUAACGGUUACCAUGCCCUUCCGGCCUUCAUCAACGUCGCCAACAACAUGCUGUUCCGUGGCAACAUGGACGAGUCGGAGCGACACAAAUAUGGCAUCACUACCUACAACUACCCCAUCAACCUAACCAGCGACGAACUCCAAGAUAUUAUCAUGAAGGAGCUACCCAUCAGCAUGAGCACAGCCAUAUUUGUUGUGUUUGCCCUGGCCUUUGUACCCGCAAGCUUUGUGGUCUUUCUGGUCACGGAGCGAGAGUCCAAGUCCAAACAUCUUCAGUUUGUCAGCGGCAUCAGCCCUACCACCUACUGGGUGUCCACGCUCCUCUGGGACCUGAUGAACUUCUUGAUUCCGGUCGUUUUGACCAUAUUGGUGUUCCGAUGCUUCAGUCAGAAGGCUUAUAUCGGUACGGAAGCCUUGCCAGCUACGAUCCUGUUGCUGCUGAUGUAUGGCUGGGCUAUCACACCGAUGUCCUACCCUGCAUCAUUUUAUUUCUCCACGCCCAGCACAGCGUAUCUCUCCAUGGCCUGUGCCAAUAUGCUGAUUGGCAUCGUUACCAUCAUGACAACGUUUAUCCUGGAGUUCCUUGGAAUGGAUGACAGUAACUUGAUGAGCACCAACGAGAGCUUGAAGAAACUGUUUCUGAUAUUCCCUCCCUUUUGCCUGGGCCAGGGGUUGAUGCAGAUGUCCAAUGUCUCCCUGCAGUCAGAAGUCGAGAGCAAAUUCCAGAACUUGCUAGAAUCGGACCCUGCUCCAACCAACGUCUUGGCCUGGGACUUGGUCGGCAAGAACAUCUUUGCCCUGGGGAUGACUGGUGCUGCUUUCUUUGCUCUGACCUUGCUCAUAGAGCACAAGUUCUUCCUCAAGUCCCGGCUAAUCAAGGCAGAGCAAACGCCUCUAGCUUACGAAGACGAUGAUGUGGUGAGGGAGAGACACCGGGUGCUGUCAGGAGGAGCUCAAAAUGACGUGGUCCGUGUGGAGAACCUCACCAAGGACUUCAACACAAGUCGAGGUAUCUGUCGAGCUGUAGACAGGAUGUGUGUCGGUAUUCCACGAGGAGAGUGUUUCGGCCUCCUGGGAGUCAACGGAGCUGGCAAGACCACCACAUUCCGCAUGCUGACCGGCGACACCCAGGUCACCUCGGGCUGCGCCUACAUCAACGGUCUGAGCAUCCUGCAAGACAUGAAGCGCAUCAGUCAUAGCGUGGGCUACUGCCCGCAGUUUGACGCCCUCAACGAGCUCCUGACCGGGGAGGAACACUUGGCAUUCUAUGCCAGACUUCGAGGGGUACCCGAAGAGGACAUCAAGAGGGUUGUGGAGUGGGGCAUCAAGAAGCUAGGCUUGACCAAGUAUGCUAAGCGUGUCGCGGGCACCUACAGCGGGGGUAAUAAGAGGAAGUUAUCCACUGCCAUUGCCCUCAUCGGAGACCCUCAGCUGGUAUUCCUGGAUGAGCCAACCACUGGAAUGGACCCCAAGGCUCGUCGGUUCCUCUGGAAUCGCAUCACUGGCAUCAUCAAAGAAGGACGCUCUGUUAUCCUGACAUCACAUAGCAUGGAAGAAUGCGAGGCCUUAUGUACACGAGUUGCCAUCAUGGUCAAUGGACGAUUUAAGUGCAUCGGUAGUACACAGCAUCUCAAAUCAAAGUUUGGUGAUGGCUAUACCAUCUCCAUCCGUGUGGGCGGCGAUCCGCCCCGCCUGGAACCGCUCAUGCGCUUUGUGGCCGAGAUGUUCCCCCACACCACACUGCGGGAGCGUCACUUCAACAUGCUGGAGUACCAGAUGCCCACAGCCAGCACCUCCCUGGCCAAGGUAUUUGGUGUGUUUGGAGCUAACAAGGAACGGUUUCUCAUCGAGGACUACUCAGUAUGCCAGACAACUCUUGAUCAGGUGUUUAUCAACUUUGCCAAGGAGCAGAAGACGGGAGAUGAGGAAUUACAGGAGACAGACCCCUUGGGAGUGACAGUGGUCAAUACUCCUGAUAGUAACCAGAUAUUGAUGUCUCCAGCGUUUGGCUCAGUCCAGUAUGUGCCAGAGAACAGCUCUGUCUAUGGUGGUGGUGUUCCCCACGAUGACCUGUCGGGAUUCAGCAAUCCCAUGUACGACCAGGUACAUGGAGUUCCUCUACCUGCUAGUACCCGGCCCAAUGGGAAGGGUUUCACCAAUCCUCUGUACGAGUCCAGUCGAGACGGGGCACCAGCACCAGGACUGAACAGCAAUAAUUCAAACGCAGCCAACAGGACAGGAGACAUCGGACAUGAUGAGGAUGGAGAGAAGAGUGUCGAGGACACCCCAGAUGAAUGCCUGAUCCCAGGGCAGACCCCAGAACACGACCUAGGACAGACCCCACAGCAAGUCUCCAGCUUGGAGCUGCUCCUUCGAGCCCAAGCGGACGAGAAAUUACUCUCUUUUUGCCCUGACGAGGGAACUGCUGAUGAUCCUUGGUCGUAAGUGGUCAGAAACAAUCUAAUUUUGUCGCAACUCAACUUUGAAAUCAUGAAAUGCGUUAUGGAGGUGCAAAAUUUGUUGUAUUCAUAAUGUCUUCAUUUUUUCAGUAUACAUUUAUUUUAACCAGCUCUUUAUAGAAUUGUGUAGGAAUGUCAUUUCAUCUGUCAUGGUGUACUCGCA